CACGGACGGCACGUGGUGCAGAAAAGUGGCAGAGAGAUUCAUUAUUAACCGGUUUGAUGUCAGAAUAAUGAAGGUUCCGGGGGAGGAGUUGAUGAGCGACGUUCUGAAGCGGUUAACUGGCGAGUGCGCGCUCCCCGUUUACAGCAACAUCGAGAAGUUCAAGCGAGGAAACAGCAGUUUCUACUUCGUGGCCGAAGACCUCAGUGAAACUGUGAAAAAACGCGAACUGGUCAACGCCAAGGAGCGACAGAGGAUCAGAAACCUGAACACCAUGUUCUCCCGUUUGAAGCGCAUGGUGCCGCUGAUGCGACCAGACAGGAAGCCCAGUAAAGUCGACACGCUUAAAGCUGCCACCGAAUACAUUCGCUUGCUGCUCGCAGUUCUGCGGGAUACCGACAGUGGUAACAGCAGUGGGAUGGCCUUCAUAAAGAAUGCAGUCAGUUAUGAACAUACUGAAGGUCUCAGCAGUGAUCUGUGGAGAGUGGAUGAUUUGCUGAAUAUGUCCGAUGAGCACAUGGAAGAUGGAUUCAAUGUGAUCCCAGAGUGUGGAACCGAGGACGGAGAUACAACCAAACUGGUGUUACAGCAGUGUGUGAUGCCCACGUACCAGUUAAUCAUCCAAGUAGCUCCCGAUCAGAACACGAUGCCUCAAUCCAGCUGAACGGUGUCUGUCUGGAGCAAAAAAAAAAAAGGGAA